AUGAACAGCCAUCUCAUCGCAAACGUUGUACUGACUCCCACAGAACGUCACUAUUCAUACGAGUGCAAGGAACCGGCCCAAACCCGGCCCUACGUGUCUCGUCCCUCCCGAACUCAGCAACUGCGUAACCCAAAGCUCAUGCCGAAGUUGACAAAUGAAACACCAGACGAUGCGGACCGCAAGAAGGGUAUUGCUGACGCAGAACUCGCCAAGAAGGAGGCUGAGAGGGCCAGGAAGCGAGAGUUGGACGAGAGGGACGAUGAACUCAUCAGAAAAACCGAGAGCAAACGCCAACGGUCGGAGUCCGUUGACUCUGUUUCCACCAUCUCGACGAGCCGCUCUGCAUCGCCGCCGCCGCCGCCUAGGCGGCGUUCACCGUCCCCAGUGCCUUCUCGGCGGAGGCAGAGAACUGUCGAUGAACGUAAACCCUCCAGAGCGAGUUCUUUCAGCCCAGAGAGUGAGGAUGACCGCCCCGUCUCUCGGCGCUCAGCGAGAAGUAGACGCACGCCGUCUCCUCCCAGACGUCGUCAGAGAUCCCUUUCGCGGGACAGUCAUUCCCGUUCCCCUCCCGAAACUCAUGAGAGGAAGUAUCGUGAAAGGGAUCAAGACCGUGCAAGGCCGGCCGGCCGGGGUUUUGCUCACGACACUCCGGGCUCAAGAGAGUCGUCCAUCUCGCGUGGCGGCCGUGCCAGCAGCAUCCGGCAGUCUCUGUCACGGUCGCCCGAGCGUCGGGACACGAGAGGCGGGGGCCGUUUCGGCCGAGGCGGUCGCAAAAACUCUAUCCAUCGGGACGGGUCCGAACCCCGUCCUGAUCGGGUUGCCAGGAACGAAAGGCAGGAAGGAAGACCGGAGCAAAAACAGCCGGAGCGGGAGCGCAGCCUCAGUCCGUUCUCCAAGAGACUGGCCUUGACGCAGUCGUUGAACAUGGGCAGAUAG